AACAAAACAUCAGGCAAGAAAGACGCCUUCGGGACCUGCAGUCCACCAGCUUGCUUGCCUGCGGGUCUGCAAGGCCCCCCCGGCCGGGCUGGGCGAGGGGAGGGGGGCGUGGGGAUAAUGGCCGCGGGGCUCGGGGAGGCUAAUCGUGGACUCCCUCCCCUGUCACAGGCCCCCGGGCCGCCGUGGCCAUGGACCCGCCCGUCAAAAAGAUGAGGCACCUCAAGAGGAUCAGGGGCUUAUAAGUGACCACUCUGUGGCUAAGUGGAUGGGUAGACUCAUGGAGAGAGGAGAUAGCUUGUGUUUUUUGCCUGACUCUGAGAACCCCCUGCUCUCCUGGGACCACUCUGCCAGUGUAAGUAGCACCAGCUCUGUUGGUCGAGGACUCCUCCAGCAGCAAGUGACACAGCUUCUCACCUGUGUGGAAGACAUCAGCUCAGAUGAAGAGAUCCAUGAAGAGAUGGCUCGCACACUGGAUAAGGCUUUCCUGCUCUGGAGGAAAAAGCUGAAGGAGAAAUACCUGCAAUUCAGGAUGCAUGUUGUGACCUGGAAUGUGGCAACCGCAGCACCCCCCACCAACCUCAAUGAAUUGCUUCUGCUAAACAAUGAAUGUGAGAACAUGGACAUGUAUGUCAUUGGCUUACAGGAAAUGAAGUCUGGCAUCAUCAAUUACAUUUCGGAGUUGGCGUUUGAAGACCCCUGGAGCAAGUUGUUAAUGGAUGUGCUUGCCCCUCUGGGUUAUAUCAAGGUAACCUCCAUAAGAAUGCAGGGACUUCUCCUACUGGUCUUUGCCAGGCGCCUGCAUGUGCCCUUCAUUUCUGACAUCUAUACCAACUACACUCGAACUGGCCUCUAUGGCUACUGGGGGAACAAAGGGGGAGUCUCCAUCAGCUUUCGGAUAUAUGGCUAUGCCAUCUGCUUCCUCAACUGCCACCUGCCAGCCCAUUUAACCAACAAUGACCAGCGGCUCAUUGAUUUCGACAAGAUCCUGGAAAUGCAGAACUUUGAGAAUGACAACAUCCCUAACAUCCUGGACAAUGACCUCAUCGUAUGGUUUGGUGACCUAAACUUUCGUAUUGAAGAAUUCGGGUUAUGUUUUAUCCAUGAAUCCAUCCAAAAAGGGCUCUACAGCAUCCUCUGGCAUAAGGAUCAGCUCAACAUAAUUAAGAAGAGUGAUUCACUGCUCCAACAGUUCCAGGAGGGCCCUCUGCUCUUCAAGCCAACCUUUAAAUUUGACAUCAACUCAGAAGAAUAUGAUUCCAGUGAGAAAAGGCGAAAACCAGCAUGGACUGACCGAAUCCUUUGGAGGCUGAAUCAAAAGCUCCAGAAUACCUCUAAGAACUUCAAAGAACCUGAGCGCUUCUUCUCUCUGGAAUUGAAGUGUUACCAAAGCCAUAUGCAGUAUAAAGUCAGUGACCAUAAGCCAGUCACGGGGACCUUUGAACUGGAGCUGAAGUCCCUAAUGCUAACCCCACUGGUCACCCUGAUUCCUGAGGGCCGGUGGAUCACGCCUUAUGAUCUGGUGGUCAGCUAUAACCGGAGUCCUGACUUCAAAAGCAGCAGCUGGGACUGGAUUGGCCUCCACAAGGUCGUGAUCCGCCACCUGAAGGACUGUGUGACCUAUGCCUGGGUCAAGGACAACCUGGUAUCCUCAGAAAAAGGCCUUUACCAGGUAUAUAUCAAUGCUAGCGGUUUCCCAGAGGAAGGGGGAGAGUUUCUUCUCAGUUACUAUAGUAGCAACCUGAAGGCUAUAGUGGGACUGAGUGAACCCUUCCAGCUCUGUAGAAACAACCUGAGUCCAGAAGACUGGAGAGAAAAGAAAGGCGAUCCACUGAUGUACUGAGCCAGGAUGAAUGCCUCACAGCUCUCCCCCUGCCCUCCUCAGCCCCCCCAUGACUGCUGUUUGUAGGUCCAGCUCUCCCGAGAUAAGGCAGGCCCUGCAGAACAGCCUACCUGGUUCCCCAUCCAGGACUGGAAUUAACCAUUUUAAUAGAGGUUUCAGUUACCAGGAUAUGGAUGAGGCCAGUCAGUCCACCUGCCAUGGAAACUCAAGCACAGUCAACUGAGUGAUGGGGGAUUCUUUUAUACUCUCCUCCUUCUUUUUCUGGCCUCCUCCCCACCCUGCCCCUUAACCCAGCUAGGGCCAGUUGCCUUCACAAUGCCCUCAGUGGGGCUGCCAACCACAUGCCUCAGCUGGCACCUGCCCCACAUUCCUAUGGCUCCAUCUCCAGGACUCUGACUGGCAGGGAUGGAGACAUACAUUUGUACAGGAUCCUCUAACCAGUUGGCAGCAGCCCUCCAAGUUUUAGGAGGAAUCUUGGACUCUUGGCAGCAUAUUCCCUCCUCCAGUGGCAGGGCAGGGGUGGCAUAGUGAUGGGCAUGUCCCAAUGUGCCCUUCAGCAUGGAGAAUUAGUGUAGCUUUGCUAUAGUAGCGGAUUGCUGAGUAUCUUUUCAAGGGGGUUCUGGAUCAGGAAAUCCCUUAGCAUUGAGACACAACCUGAGGUCAUUGGUGGUGGUGGUGGUGGUGGUGGUGGGUGUCCCAUUCUGAUGCCUCCUGUUUAUGGCUGAGAGACAGUUAGGGCGUCAGCCUUCCCUCUUGGUGGGGUUGAAUGGACAAGGAGGAACCCUGUGACCCUACCUUUUUCCAGCUUUCUGGGUGAUACUUCACCCCAACAAUUAAGCCUCACAGGCCGAUUUACAUAGCAUUAUUGUAUUAUGAGUUACCAGCCCACAGGAAAUGAUUUGGGGACCCCACAUGGACUGGGCAAGCUGAUAGUUAAGGCCUUCUGGGGAUCUUUAGAAAACAUUCCUCUCCAGGUACCAUCUUGAAAUUUUGGAGUGGUCCUUCAGCUCCACCCCCAACAUUGGGGAUGUCAGUGGCACCUUCUCUUAUAACUCCCCACUCUGCCUUAGAGUCAUAGGAAGGAACAUCUCAGGGAGCCCGCUCUGUGAUAUCACUAUAGUUCUUUAUUUCCUCCCUCCUUCCUGAAGGCCCAUGGAGGGGGUGGAUUCCAUGAACACAGAGCUCUUCUCUCUACAUAGAAGCUCACUGAGGGGUGCUCCAGGCCAUUAACUGCUCCACAUUUCUCCCUUGGAAGCCUCGAAUGUCAACAACUCCCCUUGAUUCUGUUGUCCUUGCCCUGGCUCCCCAGGGAAAUUUUGCUGCUGAGCCCAGCGACUUCAGUCUGUGCAUCUGUGUCUGUUAUAUUUGAGAAUAGAGAUGUGGCUUUUAGACUGGCCUUGUGUGGUCUUGUCCAUGUUGCUUGGAAGCAGGUGCCCCAGUUUUAGGGGGAGAAGAUGAAUGCAAGUCUCUGACUCUUGGAGAGAAGGACCCUGGAGUUCUAGGCCCUCAUCUGAUUCCUGGUAGUGCCAGACCUAGAUAGUCCAGGGCAGGGGAACUGGGGGUGGAUCAAUCAGUCCUAAGGAACCCACCUAAUGGAGACUGAAGUUUGUCAGCGUCCAUAUGAUAGGGCUGUGGUCCUUAGAAAUCCCAGAAAAGUGCUUAUGGGGACUGGAGACACCCUGACCUUUAUUUUUGCCUCCCAUCCCCACUCCCUAAUAUCAGCAUUUACCAAGUAAAUUUACCUGGCAAAUACCUAAUUGAACUGAAACAAGCUGAUGGAGCCUCCCUGCACUUUCCCCAUCCCCAUCUUUUUGUUCUGUGUCCUGCCUCCCCUACCCUUCUGUGACCUCCUAGCUAAGGAGCUAUGUCCUCUCAUUUAUCAGUCCAAUCCACAUCCUAUAUUCCUGUCUGUCCUUUAUGCUGGUUCUGGUAUCUCUUCUCCUUCCAUAUUCUUCCCCCUCAUCCCUGAAAUGACCUCUCUCUCUCUAAAAAAUCUCACCCUACAUUAUGCAGGGGCUCCAAAUUCCCAUCCUGGGCUGGGGGCAAGAGGCAGGAAAGCGACAUUUUGGCCAAGAAGGGAAAGACCAAUUCUGGGGAAGGAUCCAAGCCUCCUAGUCUAAUAAUUGCUGUCAUUUGUAUAGCACUUUAAGGUCUUAGAAACUACUUUGCAUACAUUCUCAUUAAAAUCUACUCUCCCUUGUGACUGAGA